AUGAAAACAAUCCAAAAAAUUAAUGCGCGCAUACAUGAGGCGGAUUGCAGAAGCUACUGUCGAAUACCUGCUCUAGGAACGAAAUCACCUCCCAAUAUUUCAAAAGCCUUGUACACACGGUACAUAUGGUACUCUGUCUUUAUGGUGAACCUGCAUCUAAGCACUGCCUCAAAAGAAGGAAUAGCGACAACUCCCGUUUUUAACACUGUUGGAUAUGCUGAAAGGAAGAAUCGAUUACUCAAUUUUCUGUUACGAAAUGAAUCUUCAGCGCUAACGAAAUCGUCCAGUAAUUCGGCAGGGGAAAACCUACGUCGUCAGAAAAGAGUUCAGCUACAAGAAGUUGACAGUUUUAUCUGUGACCUUGGCUCGUUUCGCUCACUAGAUAAAAAGAAACGCGCCAAGUUCGGUAUACCCAAAAUCAGUUAG